GAAUUGGCAAAAAACCCGCGAAUGCCUCGAUCUCGAUGUGAUGCUAAUCUUCAGAAUGAGAUGGAACGCGGCAAGUUGAGAGUAUGUUUUGUGCCUGACGAAAUUGUUGGAGAUCAAAUUAGAAGUUAUCGUGUAAAAGAAUGUACACUAAAAGAACACAAUGAUGAAGAUACACUUCCAAUGAAAAGAUCAAGAGGAAAAGAUUCUGUCUCUACACCAAGAGGCACAGCUACAAGGAUUGAAAAAAAGGAGAAACUGAAGGAAAACAAAACACCAAGCAAGAGCCCGAAAUCGCCAAGAACUCCAAGGAAAAUUCCAAAGAAGCCUGAUAUUACGGCAGGAGACGGUAAUGAACGGCAUCUUAGAGAAAGGAAACGCCCUACAGAUAUCCAAAGGGUAAUAGCAACAGAAAACUCUGAAGAUGACUCUCAAUCAAGUGAUGCUAAUGAUGACGAAAAUCAAGUUGAUUAUCAUGGUGACUCUACAGAUAACGAGGUUACGUUUAAAGUCCACGAGAAGACAAAAAAGAGGACUGGAGUUCAAGGAUCUACAAAAAAGGAAGAAUUGAAAACACCAGCCAAGGAGUUAUCAAGAUUGAGAGAAAUGGCAGAGGAAUAUUUUGCUGUGCACCAUCAAAAAAAGAUAGUGACUUCAGACAGAAACCUUUCGAAAUUACAAAACCAAAGAAUGACACAAAAUGACUUGAUUGAACACCUAUCAGAUGCAUCUGGAAGCCAUCACCGGGAAUGCUCACGGUUAUUUAAACAACAUGUCGCCCUAUUUCCAAAAUGGAUUUUUCAAUUGAGACACGGCUUCAACGUUCUUUUACAUGGCCUUGGAUCAAAGCGAAGAUUAUUGGAUGAGUUUAGAAAACAAAUGCUCCCAGAUUUAGUCCACAUUGUAGUUAAUGGAUUUUUUCCAAGCUUAAAUAUAAAAAGUAUUUUGAAUAUGAUUACUGAAGACAUUAUCAAGUAUAACGGAACUUAUAAAAGUUUGACCGACCAAUGUGAUGUUAUCAAGGCGGAGUUUAACACAGAAGAUGCAAAAGAGCUGUUUCUUAUCAUACACAACAUCGACGGGCCAAUGUUGCGAAAUACAAAGGCACAGAAUGCUUUGUCGUAUCUUGCGUCGUCAUCAAAAAUCCAUAUCAUAGCGUCAACAGACCAUAUAAAUGCUCCAAUAAUCUGGGAUCAGAACCGGUCUAGUCGCUUCAACUGGCUUUGGUAUGACGUAACAACAUAUGAUCGAUAUAUAGAGGAGACAUCAUUUGAGAAUUCAUUGCUAGUGCAGCAGACAGGCUCAUUGGCUCUGAGCUCAUUAACACAUGUUCUGCGAAGCUUAACGCCUAAUGCAAGAGGGAUAUUUAAGCUUCUUGUUCAAUAUCAGCUCGACCAUGAUGGAGAUGGGUACUAUACUGGGAUGCCCUUUGGAGACCUUUAUCAAAAGUGCAGGGAGAACUUCCUGGCGAAUAGUGACUUGACACUGCGAGCCCAGUUGACUGAAUUCAAGGAUCACAAGUUGAUCAAGUCCAAAAAGGGUGCAGACGGAGUAGAAACUCUCUCCAUUCCAUUAAACUCAUCAAACUUAAAACAGUUUAUGGAAGACAACGAGCUUUAGGUAAAAUCUUUUGUAAAUUAGUAUUUGUAAUUAAGAAAAUGAUUUGCCGUUACCGGCC